AUGGAGAGGGAAAGGCCAAAGUCGGCAGCGAAACGCCCCAAAUUAUCCCCUGGCCCUCGAAUUACAGAUCCGCGCUUCGCAAACAUCCAGUCCGAUCCUCGCUACCGCCUCCCGGGCAAGACAAAUAAGGUCAAACUUGACAAGCGUUUCGCCCGAGUUCUCCAAGACGAGGACUUUGUGAAGCGGUCCAAGGUCGACCGAUAUGGCCGUCCACUUGAAUCCAACGCAGAGAGGAAGCGGCUGAAGCGGAAAUAUGAGUUUGAUGAAGACGAGGAGGCCGCGGCGGAGAACAAAGAUGAACAGAGUGAUCAUGCGGACGACGACGACGAAGUGCAACAGGAACUGCGCAGGGUUGAUCAGAAGACUCGAGAUCCUCUGCGCGAAGGCAGAGAGACAGACUCCGAGUCCUCAUCAGAUGAGAACACAAGCGAGGACGAGUCAGAAGAAGGAGAAGAAGCAACCUUGGAGGAGGAAGUGGGAAUUGGCCCAACGCAGCAGACAGACGUUCCGACGGGACAAGUCACAUCUCGCGUUGCCGUUGUCAAUCUCGAUUGGGACAAUAUACGCGCUGCCGAUCUAAUGGCGGUCUUCAGCAGUUUCCUCUCAUCCUCCGACACACUGCUCAAUGUCUCCAUCUAUCCCAGCGAAUUUGGCAAAGAACGCCUAGAACGUGAAGAAAUGGAAGGACCGCCCAAAGAGAUCUUUGCGAAUCCUGCGAAGGAGGACAGGAACGAAGACUUCUCCGACGAUGAAGAACCGGCCGAUGAAGACAUCAAAACCUCAAUGCUCAAACCCGACGAUGGCACAACCGAUUUCGACUCCACUGCUCUGCGCCGUUACCAACUUGAACGUCUGCGAUACUUCUACGCCAUCUUGACAUUUUCUUCGCCGAGUGUAGCCAAACAGAUCUACGACGCCGUGGACGGCACUGAAUAUUUGCGCACGGCAAAUUUCUUCGAUCUUCGGUUCGUCCCCGACGACACCGAUUUCUCCACAGACGUCCCCCGUGAAGCAUGUGAUCGGAUACCCGAUGAUUACCGACCGAAUGAGUUCGUGACAGAUGCGUUGCAGCAUUCCAAGGUAAAAUUGACGUGGGACGCAGAGGAUGGGGGACGCAAGGAAGCAGUGGCGAGAGCCUUCAAGGGUGGAAGAAAGGAAAUUGAUGAGAAUGAUCUCAAGGCAUAUUUGGCUUCGGAUGACUCGGAGGAUGACGAAGGGGCCGAGGAUGCGGCAACGAACGGUGCUAUUUCCAAGAAAGAAGCAGAAAGGCAACGUAUGCGCACACUCCUUGGUCUCCCACCGGAGCCGGAGAAGAAGUCGUCCAAGAAAGACAAAGGGCCGAUCGGAGAUAUGCAGAUCACAUUCACAUCGGGCUUGAGUGGCGCAACUAACGAGAAGGGUAAGAAGAAAUCGGUGUUUGAGAAUUCGCCUGAGCCGGAGGAGACAACGCUGGAGAAAUACGUCCGGAAAGAAAGAGAGAGGAAGCAGAAGCGCAAGGAGAAAAUGAAAAAUGCUCGUGAAGGCCGCGACCCCGAGGCAGAGGCCGAGGUUGAUGCCGGCGAUCAAGACCAAAGCGAUGAACGGCCAGUCCCAGCUAAACAAGAGGAGGGAGAUCUGGGCUUCGAUGACCCAUUCUUCACGGAACCGUCAGCUGUAUCAGAGAAAGCGGCCUCCAAGAAACUGCGAAAGGAAGAGCGGCUUAAGAAAAGACAGGAACGCGAAGCCGAAGAGGAGGCGGAUCGCAAACAGCGGGCGGAACUUGAAUUGUUGAUGGUUGACGACGACGCCGCGGUGGAUGAAGAUGGCCGCGAUGGAGUCAAACGGAAGGUGAGGCACUUUGACAUGCGCGAGAUCCAGAAGACCGAGAAGGAAGAGCGCAAGAAGAACAAAAAGAAGAAGGGCAAGGCGAACAAGGGAGGAGCUGAAGAGGCCAAGGUUCCAGAAGACGCCACCCAGGAUGGGUUCAAAGUGGACACAUCGGAUCCACGUUUCGCCCGACUGUUCGAGAGCCACGAGUACGCGAUCGACCCGACGAAUCCGAAAUUCAAGGCUACGAAGGGGAUGCGGGCAUUGUUGGAGGAAGGACGGAGGAGGAAGCACAAAGGGGAUGCGAGGACCGGCGUUGCGGCGCGGCAACCAGAUACAGCGUCCGGUGGCGACGGUGCUGCUCGAAGCAGACACGGCAAGGACGGGCACGCCGAAGCGUCCACGCGUCGCCACGAGCUUUCGGGUGACGGAACGAGCGAUGUCAAGAGACUUGUCGAGAAGAUUAAACGCCAACAGCGAGCUUGA